CUCUAGGAGACUGGGAGAAGAAUCGUACGGUAUCAAUUUUUAUAGACGUAGGGUUAUCUGUACGAGUACUUUUCGCGGUAAAUGGGAAAAAAGAAAAGCGACAGAUAGCCGGAGGGCAGGGACAAACCCAACCAAUGGAAUCAAAUUCGGACGCUGCGGUGCGCGAAAACCUCGAAAAUGCCGGCAUUUAAUCGGCGAGGCGUACGCCGAGCUUUCAUUCAACCAAAGAGGGAAUAUAAAUCCGCGGACGAACGUGCCCUGCAAUAUUCCCAAACAACGAGAGAACUUUUUCCCGAAUCACGAAAAAACACUGGCAAAUUACACUGAUUCAUAAAUAACUGCGCGUUGCAACUUCCAGCUGUCCGUGUAUUUAUAUAUAUAUAUAUAUAUAUACAUGAAUAAAUAAAAUAUAUCUGCAACUAUAUGCAUAUAAUAGAUACUCGCGGUAAACGUAGCAAUGCGACGAAAACUGAGUAUUUCGAUUGUUUUAUAAAAAAAAAAAAAAAAUACCAUCGAAGAAUCUACUCAGCGUUCCACAAAACGAUACAAUUUACAAAUAGGUAGUUUCAUCUUUUUAUUUUUAUAUAAAAUAACAUGCCGAUAAAAAAAGGAGCAUUCCAUCGGUAGCGUUGUUGCACGCAAGCGUCGGUACACGUUUUAUUAAUUACACCCGGUAUCGGUUAGCGGGUAUUUUCUCCCUGUUGUCGCUUCGCAGUUAAAUAACCACACGACGUUGUCAUAAAAAAUUUAAUCCGCUCGUAUUUUUUCUCGCGUCACUGUUCCAUUAAACGAUUCGCAAAUCGCGUGAAAAAGUAACUUCUUCUCUCUAGAAUUGUACCGAGUUUGUCUCGUUGCAUGAACGAUAGCAACGAGAUACGUACGACGAGUCUACCGAUUUCGUUGUCGAUCGAAUGUCGAGCGAAACUGAAACACCGCGUCGUAACGAAACGCGUACGUUUCGCGGACAGAACUUUCGAGGGAAAUCACGCGCGAAUCGUGACGACGCGACGGAACGUCCGUUCGCGGAAACGAUUCCACGGGACAAUUCGGUUGCCGAAACGUUCGACCGUGGCAGAGUGUCGAGAGAGUUGGCCAGCAGGAUUUCCACGGAAAUAAUCUGCUUACGGUAAUCUUCUUGGCUUGCCUCCCUCCCGGUUAAGGUCCGCCUUCCACGAGGAGGACCUCCGUCUCCUCGUCGUGCAUACGCGGUGAAACAUCCUUCCCGUGAGCGGAGAACGCUUCGAAUUCUAGUCGGCAUCAGGUUUUCGCAAUGUAUCGAGGACGUUAUGUCGUUCCUUUUUCCCGCUCCUAUGGAACAAACGGACGUAAAAAGUUUAAGAACGAGGUUAAGGCGUCUGUCGGAGAGAACGCAGCGAUAGUACGUGGUAAACGAUUGGCAAACGUUCGAGUAUCGAAGUACGAACGAACGAACGAACGAGGGAAAACGAGAAUGAAAACGAGAACGAAGAUGCUAAUCUCGAUCGUCGAGUGUCAGCGACGAGUUCGAAGAAGCGGAUCGUGUCACGUGUGAUUGGUUUUAAGAUGGCGCGAAGAACCUGGAAGCGAAACUGCGGAGAAGACGCGGCCACAGUGCGAACGGCAAGGAACAGGAACCUUCUCGAAAUUGGCUCGAGAUCGGUAAGUUUGGUCGGUCGUAGAAAGAAGACGGGAAUAGUGAAAGCAAAAGAAGAAAGGAAACGGAAGAACUGGAAGAAAAAAGGAAGAGCUGAUCCCCGAAGAGAAGAGGGUAGCGCAACCCCAUUGGAAUGUUUUUUCUUGCAACCGAGAAUAAAACCUAACUAUCCAAGUGAGAGAACAGCUUCGAAGAUAGAAACGGCAGCUAAUUGCGAGGAGCGGAGGAGGUUUGCGUAGACUCGGCCGCGAGGCGGGCGGGUGGUCGUGGUGGGGGCCGAGGGGGUGGUGAUGUGGCCGAACAGCCUCGGCGGUACAUCCGGCUGCAGCGGGGGCGCCGGCGCCACCGAUCUCGGGGGCCUCGCCGCCUCCACCACCUCGGCCUCCGAUCUAUUCGGGCCCGCCGCUUUCGGGGCAUCCGCGGCCGGGCCCUACGGCGCCCUCAAGACCAACCCUUACGUCAGCGCUCUUGGUAUGCCGCCUAUCGAGGCACUUCACUCCACCAUUGGCUACCCUGGUUGUACUCCCGCCGGUGAGUCCUACUACUGUAACCCAAGAAAGCAACGCAGGGAGCGAACGACGUUUACCCGGGCGCAGUUGGACGUUCUCGAGGGACUGUUCUCGAAGACCAAAUACCCGGAUAUUUUUAUGCGGGAGGAAGUAGCGAUGAAGAUCAAUCUACCAGAGUCGAGAGUGCAGGUGUGGUUCAAAAAUCGCAGGGCCAAGUGCAGGCAGCAGCAGAAGCAACAGCAACAACAACAGGACAAAGCACCGAGGUCGAAAAAGCCCUCCGGGAAUCCAAGCAACAAUCCGCCCUCUGGAAAAAGUCCUUCGAUUGCUACCACGCCCACGCCUGCUGCGGCGGUGCCUGCCACAACACCUCUAAGCGGAGGUACAGGUGGUUCAGCGGCCAGCUCCCCGGCUCUUCUGAGGGAUUCUCCUCAGUACAAACCAGCAGGAAGCGCAACCAGUUUGCUCUUGGCUACCAGUACGACCCCACCGAGCUUAGGGGGAACGGUGUACAGCAGUGGAGGCAGUAGCAGUAGUAUCUGGAGCCCGGCUGUUACGGAGAGCGGUGGAGGAUUCCCCGGUGACCAUCAGAGGUUAGCGUGGACCACAACCACGUCUCAACAACAGUGCUACCAGAAUUACUCUUCUUAUUACACUAAUAUGGAUUAUCUUUCUCCCGCCUCGCAUCAAUUAAACGUCGUGGAUGGUGGUGGAAGCGGUUUAGACAAUACAUGGAGUAAAACGAGGGACGAGAGUGCUUCGUCCUGGUUUUAUAACAGCGCCGGAUGGGGCGAUCGGAAGUGAAUCACAGAGUCGCCGGUUGAUGGAAACAUCAAGGCUUCGGUACAUAUCAUCGACAAUAGCUAAACGGACUACUCCGACAGUCAAUGGCAAUCGCUGUUAUUGGCACGCGAAACACGGCCAAAGACGGUCCCCUUCGUGUUAGACAUAUCGUUGAACCUCGGUACUUUACCGUAUGGCUCGUGAGUGCCAUAUCCGUUCUCUUGCGUUCCAAUGAAUCACGUAGUCGAAUUUAAAUCGGCGUGUUCGUUUCGAGAGUACGAGCUAAGUAACUGGUUGUAACGCGAACAAAGCGAACGAGCGAAGUAUUCGAAACGUUAACCGUUUAAAAUUAGCUGUCUCGACGUAACCUUCGAUUUAACCAGAUGCAACUUGGUACUUUGUAUAUUCGAUCUAUCGUUCCUCUACGUUAAAAUGUGCAAUUUGAUAACGAUUAUCACGAAUCCUUUCCGUUCUUUGUAUGUACGCUCGCUUGUUAUUACCCUAGUCAUCUCGAGAGUAGAGAUCGACGAGAGCAUUUCGGACGAGAAGGGCAAGAGGGAGUGGAGCGAUCGCGUUUCGUCGUCUUUCCUCCCCGCUUACAGUCAGUGUUACACACAUGUGAUACCGUUUGUACACGGGAAUUCAUCUACUGAAGGUAUCUUGUUGCGCGAAAUCACGAAUUUUCUAAUUGUAUACUGUGCCAAAGGUAAUCGUUCGCGAGAGGAUCGAACCUUUCGGUGUCAGGGAGACACUCUCAUGUAUAUAAUAUACAUAGGCUUGCGCCGUUUGGAAGAAUCAACGUAGCUAGGUAGAAUUUUGCAAAAAGCAACGGCAAAAUAAUGUCGGCCCUUCGUUAUCUUCGUUAAAGAUUUCUCGAGAAACAAAAGUUAUGUACGGAUAUGCGCGUGUACGAAUACCAUGACACGUACCGUGUACAUAAGUUAUAUAUAUAUAUAUACAGGGUGGUUGGUAACUGCGGUGGUGGUACAAGCGGAAAGGGGGUGAUUCUACGCGAAAAAAGAAGUCGAAAAUAUAGAACAAAAAUUUUCUUUUUAAUUUUUUUUUUUUAAUUUUUCCAUCGAGACAACGAUCUACAGUGAGAUCCGUUAUAGCGAGAAGUGAUAAAGAGCACGCGUACCGACCGAAAAUUCAAAGUCGAUUUUCUAGAAAACAAAGCCUCAAACGAAAAAUGUUUAUUCUGUAUUUUCGACUUCUUUUUUCGCGUAGAAUCACCCCCUUUCCGCUUGUACCACCAGUUACCAACCACCCUGUAUAUACACAAGGACAUGCUGAUCAUCUGUGUACAUAUGUACCAUUUUCUAAAAAGUAAUUACGAACCGAUAGGACAUUUCGAGGAUGAUCGUCGUUAUCCAAAGGUCGCUAUUUUAAUUCUAGUAUUCGUAUAAAUCUAUGAUGGGGGUUUAAUUCGUUUUACUUUGAAUAUAAUACUGUGUAAAUAAGAAAAAAAAAAAUUUGCGCGCAUGCUCAACACAGAGUGCUAGGCGAAAUUUAUAUUUUCACUUUUUCGAUCCUUUUCACUAAGGUCGAUAUAAGAAACGAGAUGUCACUUCUCAUUUGCGCAAUCACUGGCACCUCGACUAACGCAGAGGUCGGUACGUUAUACGUAACAAAGAGGUCGAGGGAUAAAAAUCAAUAUGUAAAGUGACAAAAAAAAAAAGAAAAAAAAAAGGAUAUAGUAAACGUAGGGAUGUAAGUAAUAUGGUCGUUUAGGUUGUUAUUAUAAAUAUUAUCGAUAACGAUACUACGAUUAUCGACAGAGACAACAACGACGUACGUGUAAUAAGAUGUAUGAAAUAAUAUAUCAAAUUUGAAUUGUAA